CUACCUCGUUGCACUAAACAGCGUGCCCCGCUACCCUGGUGGGAAGCUAGUAGUGACAAUACUGGUAGGCGCAAAAGAUCUCAAAUACACCCGCGAGAUCUGUUAGGCCCCGAGAACUUAUGUUUUUCUUACGUAACUUGAGCUGAGUAUCGAUCCAGAUUUGCAUCUCCCACAAUGCCCGCCGACCAAGAGAAUGGCAGUCCCUCUGCGGCUGCGCCUGACCAUGAAGUGGUUGAGCAUUUGAACAUCAAGGUCACCGAUAACAACAAUGAGGUUUUCUUCAAAAUCAAGAAGUCUACGAAACUGGAGAAGCUCAUGAAUGCAUUCUGCGAACGUCAAGGCAAGGCCUUGAACACUGUCCGUUUCGUGUUUGAGGGACAACGAGUACAGCCAACAGACACACCUGCUGCUCUGGAGAUGCAGGACGGAGAUACGUUGGAAGUGUACCAAGAGCAAGUGGGGGGCGCGUAGUGAUAUGCGACGUCCAUUGGAUUACUUUAGGGAAAAUAAACAUAUGUCGGGCAUACUACUAUUUCUUUGGUUUGGCGAUAUCCAUGAGAUUCAUCGAGACGCCUAUAUUCUAAUACCGGUCCUAAAUCCGAGUUACUGAAGACAAUAGGUCUCUCCCCCGAGCUUUGCCCCCCUUUAAUAGCUAAUAAGUACCUAAUAUAAAUGUCUAAUAAAUAUAGGAACUUAAUACGGGG